CCAGCGUCGCAUAGCAUGGCCUGUGACUUCUUCUUCCCUCAACCGGGUGGAGUAGAAUGUCACAUUUACCAAUUGUCGACGAAGCUUAUCGAUCGGGGCCAUAAAGUGGUUAUCAUUACACAUGCUUAUCAGGGUCGAACGGGCGUCCGUUAUCUCACAAAUGGAUUGAAGGUCUACCAUGUACCUUUCUUCGUCAUUUAUCGCGAGUCGACUAUGCCCACGGUCUUCUCUUUCUUUCCGAUCUUUAGAAACAUCGUUAUACGCGAACAGAUUCAGAUUGUACAUGGACACGCUUCGUUGAGUAGCUUUUGUCACGAAGCCAUUCUUCACGCCCGGACUAUGGGUCUGCGGACUGUGUUUACAGACCACUCGCUCUUUGGAUUUGCAGACGCUGGGUCUAUCUUGACGAACAAGCUGCUUAAGUUCAUCUUAAGUGACGUUGACCAUGUGAUUUGCGUCAGCCAUACAUGUAAAGAGAACACAGUCCUUCGAGCAUCGUUAGAUCCAUUGAUGGUAUCUGUAAUUCCUAACGCCGUCGUUGCGGAGAACUUCCGGCCACGGGCCUACACUCCCCGAAUAACGGAUAGACUAUCUGGGGGAUCUCAGGAGGUACAGGCUUCACCAGAGCUACUGGGGCCAGACGACACGAUUACAAUUGUGGUUAUCUCGCGCCUCUUUUACAACAAAGGGACGGAUUUGUUGAUCGCCGCUAUCCCGAGAAUAUUAGCGUCUCAUCCGAAUGUACGCUUCAUCAUCGCCGGGUCUGGACCCAAGGCCAUCGACCUCGAACAAAUGCUGGAAAGGAAUGUCCUACAAGACAAGGUCGAAAUGCUUGGCCCUGUGCGACAUGAAGAGGUCCGCGAUGUCAUGAUUCGAGGCCACAUCUACCUGCAUCCGAGUCUAACCGAGGCCUUUGGCACGGUCAUUGUCGAGGCCGCUAGUUGUGGUCUGUACGUGGUAUGCACACGUGUCGGGGGCAUCCCGGAGGUGCUACCUCAGCAUAUGACCACAUUUGCCAAACCGGAGGAAGACGACCUUGUAAUGGCCACCGGAAAGGCCAUUGCGGCAUUGCGCUCAAAUAAAGUGCGCACUGACCGCUUCCACGACCAAGUUAAGAUGAUGUAUUCCUGGAGAGACGUGGCGCAGCGGACAGAGCGCGUCUACAAUGGUAUCUGCGGGGAUAUCAGACCGGAAGAGUUUUACGGGUACUACCCCGGACAAGGGCUAGACGCCAGCGGGGACCGAGUGCGGAGUUUUGCUCUAAUCGACCGGCUGAAGCGGUACUACGGCUGCGGUGUCUGGGCUGGCAAGCUCUUCUGCCUCUGCGUGGUCAUUGAUUUUUUGCUCUAUAUUUUUCUGGAGAUGUGGUUCCCGCGGGUCAAUAUCGACAUUGCCCGCAGCUGGCCGAAGAAAGUGGAACAGAAGAGCGAAAAUGACGGUUUGAACAACAGCAGCAAAGGCUCCAGAUCUCAUUUAGCGUCCUGA